CCUAGGUAUUGUCCCUCUAGAGGAGAAGGUUCUAGAAUCUGAGGAAGGACAAACCAACAUUUCUAGAGAAGGGACUAAAAUAGGAAAUCUGAUUCACAGAAGCUUUAACAUGGAGAGAUUAAGGGAAGUUGCGAAACAAAGAGAGUCUAUUCUUGAAGCUUUUGUUUUGGAAGAAAUAAAAAAGAAAAGACUUGAGAAAAAUCCCUCCUCCUCCUCAGCAAAGGUGGAAAGUCCUGUGUUGGGUGCAAGGAAUCGUAUCUCCUUGAACCUAAUACAGUAUCCUAGUUCAGAUGAUCUAGAUGAUAUUACAAGUAGUUCAUUAAGUAAUCUCAGGUUAGAUUUGGAGGAUGUACACGAAGAAUCUGAUGAAGAACGAAAGAUGACCCAUGCAGACCCCAGCCUUGAUAUAUUGGAGGAGAAAAAUAAGAAGGAACUUAAAAGAACAAUAACUUUCAGAUCUAUCCAGAGACAUUCAAAGCUUAGUCAAGAUAUGCCUGAAAUAACGGAAAGUGAAUCUGACCCGUUGCUAGAGAACUUGAGGUUAGACACUUUUAGUAGGAGCAGCAGCCGGUCAUCUCUAGGAAUCACAGGCUUAGGCCCAACUAUUGAUAUGAUCUACUCCCCUUCAAUAUCCUUCUCCUCAUCCUCUUCCAUCCUCAUUACACAAGAGAAGAAGGUUGGCGGGGGAGGUGUACUGAGUACAGCUGGAAAUGCCCCAAGAGUACAAUAUCUUAGACCGUACUUAAAUACACCGUUAGAUAAAACCCCGACACUCACGGUUAUAGAUUUCAGUGAGAUGAGUAGACCUAAACCUAAACCAACUAUGGUUAAGAAAAGAAGGAAGAGAAUAGGAGAAAAGGUUGGAAAAUGUAGAAUAAAUGUAAAACUUAAUGUUUGACCUGUGUUCUAUUUCAGGCGGUGACAAAGGAAGAAUUUUUCAAUCGUCUGUAUGCAAGCUAAUUAAAGAAGAUAAACUGAGCUUUAAUAAUUAAAUUAGUCUAAUUUUUAAAAAGUUUGAAAAUCUAGUAAAAAAAAUCUUUAAGAUCUUAAAACAUCUAGAAAUCUUUUAAAAUGUAGAAAGAUUGAGAUCACCUUUAGAUUUAAUAAAGUAUUUUCAUAAA